GCUUGAAACGACUUUGAAGCUCGUAUUUCUUUAUGGCCAUUAUCGCUUAAUAUUUCAUUUAAAUCGAGUAAUAAUCGAGCCUAAGUUGUUGUAAAAUUAGCUAAUUUGUUUUAAGUGUGUUACUGAAGAAGAUCUCACUUUAUCUACAGUAAAAUGUAUGACGAUAGGCGCGGGGGUGGUCGUGGCGGGGGCCGUGGUGGCCGCGGUGGAGGCCGAGGCGGGCCUAGAAGCGGCGAUAGAUCAGAAGACAGAGGCGGCAGUAGAUUUGGCGGGCGAGAUGGCGGCGGUAGAGGAGGAGGCCGCGGCGGUGGACGGGGCUUCGGUGGCGGUCGAGGCGGCGGAGGGCGUGACGAUUACCGCAGCAACUUUAAAAAUGAUCAACCUGGAGGCAAUCUCCGUAAAAUCCGCUGGGAUACGGUUGAGUUGAUUCCGUUUCAGAAAAACUUCUACGUUCCCUGCGAUAGCGUCGCUCGGCGCACGCCAGCUGAAGUCGAAGCGUACCGCAGCCAGCACCAAAUAACUGUAAAAGGCCGCGACGUGCCUAACCCUAGCAUUUUUUUCGAAGAAGGUGGCUUCCCUGACUAUGCUAUGAAAGAGAUUCUGAAGCAAGGCUUCCCCAGUCCAACCCCAAUCCAAGCCCAGGGCUGGCCGAUUGCUUUAUCAGGAAGAGAUUUAGUUGGUAUAGCUCAAACCGGCUCGGGAAAGACACUGGCUUACAUCUUACCUGCAAUUGUGCACAUUAUUAAUCAACCAAGGCUGCUGCGAGAUGAUGGCCCCAUUGUCUUAGUAUUGGCUCCGACUAGAGAGCUCGCUCAACAAAUUCAACAGACUCUAGUUGCGAUGAACGGGAUACCAGCAGAAAUGGAUGAUCCCACCACGGACACAAGAAUUGUCGCCAAUGACUUUGGUCAAAGUGUGGCCGUGCGUAACACGUGCGUGUUCGGCGGGGCUCCGAAGGGGCCGCAGGGGCGCUGCCUGGAGCGAGGCGUGGAGAUUAUCAUUGCUACACCUGGCCGGCUUAUUGACUUCUUGGAGAAGGGUACUACAAAUCUGAAGCGCUGCACAUAUUUGGUGCUGGACGAGGCUGAUCGGAUGCUGGACAUGGGCUUCGAACCCCAGAUCAGAAAGAUCAUCGAACAGAUCAGACCAGACAGACAGGUUCUGAUGUGGUCCGCAACCUGGCCGAAAGAAGUCCGGAACCUUGCGGAAGAAUUCCUCCAUGACUACAUCCAGAUCAACAUUGGUUCCCUCCAGCUGUCGGCCAAUCACAACAUCCUGCAGAUUGUGGAUGUCUGUGAGGAAUGGGAGAAGAAUGAUAAGCUGAUCACUUUGCUCACUGAGAUCUCAUCAGAGGAGGAGACUAAGACUAUUAUUUUUGCUGAAACUAAGCGAAAGGUGGACGAAAUAACCAAGUCCAUAAACCGCGCGGGGUGGCGCGCGCUCGCCAUACACGGCGACAAGAACCAACAGGACCGCGACUACGUUCUACAGCAGUUCCGGAACCAUCCCCGGGGCGUUCUGGUCGCCACUGACGUCGCUGCGAGAGGGCUUGAUGUGGAGGACGUGAAGUUUGUGAUAAACUAUGACUACCCGAAUAACUCGGAGGACUAUGUGCACCGCAUCGGGCGCACGGGACGCUCGCAGAAUACCGGCACGGCGUACACGCUAUUCACUCCGAACAAUUCUGCUAAGGCCAAAGAUUUGAUGUUGGUCUUGCAAGAAGCCAACCAGGUGGUGAAUCCAAAGCUGUUGGAGCUGGCGCAGUGUGGGAUGGGCUUCAAGGGGAAAUACAACCGUGGCCGCUAUCGCAACGAUCGUGACGACGACAGGGGAGGUCGCGGCGGUAGAGACGGCGGGCGCGGGCGGGGAGGCGGACGCGGCGGCGGCCGCGGAGGGUCGCGCUUCGGAGACCGCUCUGGAGGCUCACGAUGGGACAAUAACUCCAGCAACGACAAUGGAGGCGGCUACCAAAGCGGAGGAGGUUACGGCGGCCGAGGCGGCGGCUUCGGCAACCGCGACGGCGGUGGCGGAGGUGGAUUUGGCAACCGCGACGGCGGAAGCGGUGGUUUCGGCAACCGGGAUGGCGGUAGUGGUGGAUUUGGCAACCGUGAUGGGGGUAGCUACGGCAAUCGCGAUGGCGGCGGUUUUGGUAACCGCGAUAGUGGGUUCAGAGGACGCGGCGCGCCUAGGGGAGGUGGCAGAGGCCGAGGCGGCUCCGGCGGAGGCUUCGGCGGCGCGCCGGCGGCCGGCUUCAGCGUCCCGCCGCCCGCCGCGCCCGCCUCGUACUACAACAUGUACGCGCAGCCGCCGCCGCCGCCCGCCAACAAGUUCAUGCCCAAGUAAUAUUAUUAGAGACUUUAAGAUCAGAAAUAGACGAAUUUUUAACGUGGAUUGUGUCUUUGAACUUUCAAUAAAUUAAGACUGGACAGAUUUAGUGAGUUUAGAUUUCUUUUGAUGUGUUGAUGCAAAUUUUUUAAAUCCUCACUAAUUGGUGACUAGACCGGA